GCUGUCAUGUUUUUUCUCAAGGCGUAAAGCUUGAAAUGCGUUCCUUUCUUAUCACAGAUUCUUAUGAGUCAUGCAUACUUGAAAUGUAUUUCCAACAAUUUGGUAUCCUAGUUUCUAUUGAUAAACAGCUAGCAUUCCGGGAAUAUCUCUCUGAUAUUUUUUCCGUUUUGGAAUUAAAGUUCUACAAUACAGAUUACAAUGAUGAUCCGGUCAAACAAAUCGCUAUAUCCAUUGAGUAUAUUGCCUAUAAUGUUACAAAUACAUACAUGCACUUGUAG